AUGCCGCCCCCUGCGCUGCUCUGCGCGCUUGAGGCCGCGGCCACCCGCGCCGGCUUCUCGGAGGACUGCCGCUGGAGGGGCAGCGGCCUGACUCCGGAGCCCGGCGGCGCGGGGCCGGACCUGGCCUGUGCGGAGGGCGGGAUCGAGUGGCUCUACCCUGCGGCGCGGCCCCGCUUCGCCUGCCUGCAGCCCGGGGGGCCCGGCGUGGGCUGCAGGUCUUCGCUGAGCGGGCGCGGCGCCCUGGAGCUGCUUCGGACCGAGGGUCCGCCCGGUCCGGGGCGGGGUGUGCCCUGGGGUCCUCGCGAGCGCGGGGCCCUCAGCCUGCAGGCCACCCCGCACCGCGACACCAGCCGCCGCGUGGUCUUCCGCUUCGAGCUGCGCGAGGACUGGCGUCCAGAGCUGCCUCCGCAGGCCCACACUCUGGGCACGGACGGUGCCUGCAGGCCCUGUAAUGACACCGAGCUCCUCCUGGCCUUGUGCACUGGCGACUUUGUGAUCCAGGGGGCCCUCCACAGGAUUGCCCGCGACACAGAGCUGCAGCCUCUUGUCACUGUGGCAGCUGUCCGUGUCCUCUGCCAGGCACUGCCGCUGUUCCCGGCGGGGGGCUCUGGGGGCCCGGUCCCGGCCUCCAUUCGCACCCCACUGCGCUGUGGUGUCCGCCCUGGCCCUGGCACUUUCCUCUUCGUGGGCUGGAGCCAUUUUGGUGAGGCCUGGCUUGGCUGUGCACCCCGCUUCCAGGAAUUCAGCCGUGCCUACGCAGCUGCCCGUACCAACCACCUCAGCCCCUUUGGGGUGGCGCUGGACUGAGGGGUGUGGGAGGAGGGCUCUGGAGAGAGGCCAUGAGGAGGGUGGCGGGGAGGGGGAGGUCUCCAAAGGGCGUCACAGUACCAACUGCUUCUGAGGGAGUGGCAAUGACCAGUAAGAAUACUGACUUCAGUAGUCAAUGCAGGUCGCGUGUCUGGUACCUGAGCCCAGCCUCCUCUACACUGCGGGAGGCUGAGGGCAGUGGUGUCUUGUCUGAGGCCACCCAGCUAGUGAGUGGGGCAGUGGCCCAUGCCCAUGCCCUGGAGAGGGGGUGUUGCUGGGUGGGGCGUGCAUGGACUCCCCGCCCACAUCAGCUUCGGCUCUGCUGCUCCUGCCCCCACUGUCAGGUGCUCCCAAGGCUCAGAGUGGGAGCGGAAAAGGGGACCUCACUCCCGAGGUCUGAGGCAGGUUGCGUCCCUUGGGGCAGGAAGGUCAACAUCACUCCCAGCCUGGGAGGAAGGGGGCUGCACUUUGACUGGGUGCCUGCUUCUCUCUGUGGCUCCCUGGGAGCCCAGCAGUCCCUGGCUCCCUCCUGCCCUCAGGCCCCUGCAACUGGUUGAGCAGCUUGAGGUGGUGUAGAGCCCAUGGGAUCCCUUGUGGGAUCCUGCUUGUUGCUGUUCCUCUAAGGAGCAUUUCCCACCAGUGGCCCCAUUUUUAAAAAUAAAGUUAUUUUAUUUGUUCACUUGUUCACUGAUGUGAUAGUCACAUGCUCUUUUUUUAAACCAAUUUUUUGUUUGAUUGUUUUUUUUUAAAAUACUUUUAUUGAUUUCAGAGAGGAAGGAAG